AUGGCAGAAUAUCAAAAAUACCAUGAAGCUCUGCGAAAUUAUUUCACAAAAGAUUCAAUAUUUACUCUCGAAGGCAUUAUUGGCCAUGGUGAGUAUGGAUUGGCAUCCAAAGUAUCAUAUAAAAACCCGGUCUCUGGAGAAUAUAGGAAGUUUAUCGUCAAGCAAACGUAUCGCAACGAAGAUCUCGAUACGCUGGCAGCGGAGAGGCACUGGCUUCAGCAACUCGCCCAUGCGCCGCACAUUGUCAGCAUGGUGAGCAUACCCAACAAUCCGCUGAUAACGCCGCCUGAGAGGGGAACUCCCCCCAAUGAAGGAGCGUCCUCCGGCAAUAGACGUCAAAAUCGCGACCCACCAAUCGAACAGAGAACCAUUUUGCUGGAAUGGAUAGCCCACGGCGAACUAGGAGACUUUCUGAAACGCGCAGCGCGCCACCCCAAACCGAUCCCCAAUCGCCUCCUAUGGAGGUUCUUCGGCUGCUUUCUCAGAAUGGUCGUGGCAAUGGCAUAUCCUCCUAGUCCCCCACCCGCAGGCCAAGCUACCCAGAGCGAAGAAAUUACAUACGACGCAAACGGCCAGGUAGCAACGCCGUCAAUGUUGCGACACACAGAUAUGCACGACGGCAAUAUCUUACUGAGCGACCCUCCGAGUGACGUCGAACAUGACUUUGCCCCUAUGCUUAAGCUCAUAGAUUUCGGCCUAGCUGAAGAUACAUUGCCUAACAUCCUGGAGUCGCCUGACCCGAAUCCCCAAUUUGGUGUCCACUGUAAUAUGUUUGACGCUGGCAUCCUUAUGUGUUGCCUUAUAUUGAAAUAUGAGUGGAGUAGGUACCCUGGGCACGGUGAUCUUCUAUCCACCAUCGAAAUUCCCGGGAGUGGUCCUCCGCCAGUCAAGACAUACGCCCAGCCUCUCUAUGCUCUUCAAUUCCAGUCAGACCCCUGCCCGAAUGUAGAUCCGGAUAUCAAGAGACUUGUGAGUAUUUGCAUGGCAGUUAAGCCGACCGACCGACCGAAGAUCGAGGUAGUACUCGGCCAGGUCAUGGACUAUAUCCAAAAGAGAGAUGCCGCCUACUAUAACAACGCGGCGGAAGAAAAGGAUGACUAUAUUCGAAACCUGUGGACCACAGCACUCUUUAACCCACCCUCGCCUGCUUCCUCCGAGGAUUCAAAUCAAACUUGGGGCUAG